AUGGUUGAUGAUAAUAUACAUAAUUUAGAAAACAGUAGUAACAAUAUAAUGGAUUGACUUCCCUUCCCAGUAAUCGAUGAGAAUAUCCUCCUGACCUCUUUCCUCGGUAAAGGGGGGUUUUCAAAAGUUUUUAAGGCUGAAAAUGCCGAUUCUGAGUUUGUCCUGAAGAUCAUCAGAAAAGACAAAGAAUUUUCAAGGCUAAGAGAAAAGAAUCUAAUGUUUCAUGAGUGUGCUAUUCUGAGGAAUAUUCCUAAGCACCCUAAUAUUGUAGAUUUCUUAGGAGCUAACUUAGAAGGUGUUCAAGACUAUCAAGGAGUUAGGCUAAAUAUUUCCUACCUUGCUUUGGAAUUCUGCAAAAAUGGAUCCCUUGAGGAUUUUAUGAGAAAUAACUUAAGCAGACUUUCCAUGGAAGCAUGAAGGUUCUACUUUAUUCAAGUUGCUAGUGCUGUGCAACACCUACAUUUAUUGAACAUUGCCCAUCUUGAUAUUAAGCCUGAUAAUGUUCUGCUUGAUUCGAACUAUAACGCCAAGCUAACAGAUUUCGGGAUUGCUCAGCUAAUGACCACAAGUGGUGGACGUUUAAAUGCAUCUCUUGGCACUACAAAUUAUAUGGCUCCAGAAGUUGCUGCCUGAGGAAAUGGUACAUCUUACAGCCCAUUUAAGGCAGAUAUUUAUUCACUUGGAGUGCUUCUUCAUAUAAUGCUCACUGGAGAUAAACCAAAGACUGGUGUUUCUGCUUCUUCAGAGCAGAGCACACUUUCAGAGAGUCCGGCUGGAGAAAUCUCUUCUUGAUUUUCAAAUGAAAAAUUUAUACACCCAGGAGAAAUACUGGAUAUUGACGACAUCUAUAGUCCAUUCAACCUUGUGCAGGCUUUACUUGCCCAAAAUCCAGAGUCUAGGCCAUCUAUAGAUGAUGUUCUUUCUCAUCCAUGGCUUACCAUGGAGAUGGAUGAAGCCUCCACUUCAGACAUUUAUGAAGAGAUGAGCUCUUGAAGUUCUCUCUUAAGUCCUACAGAAGAACUUCCUAAUUAACUUAAUUUUUUUGAUAAUAACCUUGUUUAA